AUGGGCGGGGCGGUCUCCGGUGGCGCGGCGGUUGGGGAUGCGGCGGGGGCGGCGACGUACCCGGUCGUGCUCAACGUGUACGACCUGACGCUGAUUAACAACUACCUCCACUGGUGCGGGCUUGGCAUCUUCCACUCUGCCGUCGAAGGUAAGCGCUGGGUCCGAAAUGGCAAUUUUGUCCGGAUGGGAUUGUUCGGGUCCGUAGGUUGUAGUGUUAUGUGA